UGCAGGCGGUGCGCAUGCGCGUGAAGAGCUCGGCGGAAGGGGACGUGGUGACAGGUAGUGGCGUGUCAGUGUAACGUGCGUUAGCGGAGCGGGAGAAGGUGAUACACUGCGGCGGAUCGGUGGGCAAAGUAAAUGCCCACGGACUGAGUGCUGUGUGUGUGUGUGUGUGUGUGUGUGUGUGUGUGUGUGAGUGACAGGUGCUACGCACCUCCGAACCAGAAGAACAGGUGUGUUUUUCCUGUGUGUGUAGGUGGCGGGGGAAUGAGUGGGCGGCGGGGGGGCCGUGGGGGGCCGGAGCCCCCCGUGCUGCGACGGCUGAUGGAGCUCCCAGCCCCGGUGCUGACUCGGCACCAGCUGAAGCGUUUGGAGGAGCACCGUUACAGCAGCGCGGGGAAAUCGCUGCUCGAACCCAUAAUGCAGUGCUACUGGGAGUGGCUGGUGAGCUGCAUGCCGCCGUGGAUCGCUCCCAACCUCAUCACCAUCAUCGGCCUCGCCACCAACGCCUUCACCACACUCGUGCUCGUCUACUACUGUCCCACUGCCACUGAACAGGCUCCACUGUGGGCAUACCUGCUGUGUGCAGUGGGUCUGUUUGUGUAUCAGUCUCUGGAUGCGAUAGAUGGGAAACAGGCCCGGCGCACUAACAGCUCUUCACCACUAGGAGAGCUGUUUGAUCACGGCUGUGAUUCUCUGUCCACUGUGUUUGUGGUGUUGGGGACGAGUAUAGCGGUGCAGUUGGGGACGAAUCCAGACUGGAUGUUUUUCUGCUGCUUCGCUGGAAUGUUUAUGUUCUAUUGUGCUCACUGGCAAACCUACGUCUCGGGAACACUUCGAUUCGGCAUUAUUGAUGUGACGGAGGUGCAGAUCUUCAUGAUGAUGAUGUAUUUGCUGGCUGCAGUGGGUGGAUCUGCUUUCUGGCAGGCUCUGAUCCCCGUAUUAAACAUCCAGAUGAAGAUUAUCCCAGCGUUGUGUACGUUUGUUGGUGCAGUGAUCUGCUGCACUAAUUAUUUUAAAGUCAUUUUCACAGGAGGAGUCGGAAAAAAUGGAUCCACCAUCGCAGGGACAAGUGUUUUAUCUCCAGUCCUGCACAUUGGCUCUGUUAUACUGCUGGCGAUGAUGAUCUAUAAAAAGUCAGCCAUCAAGCUGUUUGAGAGACACCCCUGUGUGUACAUCCUCACCUUCGGCUUCGUCUCUGCUAAAAUCACCAACAAACUAGUAGUUGCACACAUGACUAAAAGUGAAAUGCAUCUCCACGACGUGGCGUUUUUGGGUCCUGGACUUUUGUUUCUUAAUCAGUAUUUCAACAGUUUUAUAGAUGAGUACGUGGUGCUUUGGAUUGCACUGGCGCUAUCACUGCUUGAUCUGGUGCGUUACUGUGUGAGUGUGUGUCACCAGAUCGCCUCACACCUUCGUAUCUUCAUCUUCAAAAUUAAACCGGUAGCAACUCAGUGAAACGAUGUGUGUGUGUGUGUGUGUGUGUGUGUGUGUGUGUGAGAGAAACAGUCAGCAUGCCUGAGGAUGAACCUGCUCCACUGAUUUAUAAAAGACAUGAUCAUAAGUUUAUGGACACUUUAUUUAAAUUAUUCUGUGCUAAAAGUAAAAGCUAAUACUGUGUGUGUGUGUGUGUGUGUGUGUGUGUGUGUGUGUAAUAACAGGUGCUAAAACUCAUGUAUCUGUUAGAGUUUAGAAUCUUUAGUUUUAAAAUAAAAAAGGAAAGAAAGACGUUCUAAAAGUAAA